UUUCACAAAUUUAAAAACAAAAUUUUAUAAAAUGGCUGCUUCUGGUUUUAGUGUUUAUGUUGGAAACAUUCCAUAUAAUACUACAGAGAAUGAUAUUGGCAAUAUGUUUUCGUCAUGUGGUGUUGUCACCAACGUCCACAUAGUCAUUGAUCGCAACACCAAUCGUUCAAAAGGAUUUGGUUUUUGCGAAUUUCAAGACCAACAAGGAGCAGAAAAUGCUGUUCAAAAAAUGAACGGAGUUGAGAUGAAUGGACGACCAUUGCGCGUUAACUGGGCUAACAGCAAGUAG